AUGGCUCCACCGCGGAAGCAGAUAUUGCAAGCGACGUUCGACGAGUGCGUGGCCGAGAAUGUCGCGGACUUUGACAUGUCCCUCGAGGAAGCAACGGCCGAUGCAGUGCGCCAGUUCGAGUCACAAGGCGUCGAUCUUGCCAACAUCAUCAAGACCAGUGGAGGAGGACAAGAGCCGCUGUCUCAGCGGCUGCAGCAGCUCCUCGCGGACCUACGCGAAUGCUUAGAUGGCAAAAAGGCACACAAGAACGUACUGGAUGUGGUUGCAGAGCUACAGAGCGUCUGUGAUACUGUUCCAGAGUCCCGUGUCGUGUCAGGACGGAACGGUGCAGUGGAUACGCUGCUGACACUGCUGGACACGGACUCUGGUGCUGUAAUAGCGUCUUGCAGUACGUUGCUGGUGCUCUUGUGCGCCGAAAACAGGGACAACCAGGACGGUGUGGGUGUUGCAGGUAUGCACAGACUGGUGACAGUGUUACAACGAGAGUGGAAGGACGCAGAGCAGACGGUCGUGUGCGUGUUGGCGCUGGUGAAAGCUGCCUGUAGCAAGCACGAGAGCAACAAAGCACAUUUUGCCAAGACGGGUGGUGUCCAAGUACUAUGUAGCUACUUUGACCAAGCAAAUGGCGAUGAGGCGAUGUCGAUGGCGUUAGCGCAGUGCCUACGUGUGCUGACUAUCAACGACGAUCCCCGUGCGACGUUCUCGCAGGCACAGGACACGAUUCGAGUUCUUGUCGAACGCGAUGUGAUUUCGUAUUGUUCAGAUAUUCUGCGUCGCGGUGGACGCAGCGCCACAGCACAAGUAUCAACUCUGUCGCUCGAUCUGCUGGUCAACUGGCUUGCGGUGCUUGCACAAGUCGCCGUGACGAAAGAGAACUGCCAGCAGAUCGCUGACCUGGAUGGGUUGACCACUGUCCGGAAAGUCAUGCGAGAGUAUGGAGACAGUGCAUCGGUAGCCAACCGCUGCAUCAAACUUUUCCGAAACGUGGCGGCUGCCGACGAGCUGAAGCGUGUGAUCUUGCAAUCUGGAUGCGUCGAACAGACAUUGCUGAUCAUGCGGCGCUACGAGCCCAAUGCGUCGAUCCAACAGAACGCGUGCGCUACACUAGCAGCUGUUGCACUGCGCUCCCCAGAAAACAGUCGCGCGCUCGUCGAGCUCGGAGCGAUCAGGCAGAUCUCCCGAGCCAUGCAGGUUCAUGACAAGGACGUGUCUGUAUUGCGCCAGGCCAGUCUAGCGGUGCGCAACAUGGUGGCCCGCAAUGUGGAACUACGCUCGCGCUUUUUGCACGAUGAGCCAAAGCUCGAGUCACUGCUUCGUGAGGCGCAACAGUACCGGGGCUGUGGCGAUGAAGCAUACGCCGCGCUGCGAGACCUGGGCUGCGACAUUCAGCUGUCCUCUUUUGGGAUAAACGCUGCUGCCACUACAGGCUCUAUCAGCGCAUCUACAACCAAACUGUGCUUCAACCCGGUACAGCUACAAUCCAACGAAUUGCUCGACAGCGUCGAGGAGGUCUCGGAGGACGCUCCGUUCGCUCGCCAGUGA